GACUUCUUUACAAAUGUUUGUUUAUUGGCCUUAAAGGCUCAGUGUGUUCCUGACACUUUCCAAACCCGUCUCGACACUAAAUCAUCGUUUUUUGCAAAAAUUACGAGUUUAGGAACGGAUUUCUUGAACUUGAGGACUUCGGUAGUCAAUUAAAAGUAUAUCGUGCCUUUUUAACGGGACCUUUAUAUCAAAGAAUUGUCUGUUUCUUGGAAAUUAAAGAAAUGAGAGUUUUAACAGUUUGCUUUCUCCUUUUCUCACUUGCGUAUGCUUGGUCAGCUGUCGAUCAUGAAAUCUUUGAGGUGGUAGACAAUUUGCGUUCCUUGCUGAAGAACAAGAAGUCGUUUUACGAAGUUUUGGAAGUGUCGCCUUCAGCAACUGCAAAGCAAAUCAAUCGUGCUUUCCGUGCGAAAAGCAGAGUCUAUCAUCCUGACAAGAACAAGAAAACCCGUGAUAUUUAUACGCAAUUGAAUCUUGCUGUCAAUAUCCUCCGUAAACCUGAGGCCAGAAAACGUUACGACCACUUUCUGAAGAACGGUUUUCCCAAAUGGAAAGGAACUGCUUACCUGUAUUCUCGUUACCGUCCUGGUUUGGGCAGUGCUCUGUUUGUCAUUUUCCUUGGUAUUAGUGUUGCUCAUUUUGUUUUCAUUAAGCUCAGCGCUCAUCAACAACGCAAGUCCAUUCAAAGACAUAUCGACGAUGCGAAAAACAACCAGCGUAAUGCUGUCGCUGGUACAUUUAACAAAAAAAUCGUCCAAGUUCCCGAAACUGGUCGGUUGUACACCGUUGACACAAUCACUGGCCAGGUCUGUGUCUUUGAUCCUCAAAGAAACGAAGAGUAUCUUCUUUCCGUUGACGCUAUUCCUAAAGUGACCUUCAGCGACAGCUUGCUUGUGAAGCUUCCUCGUGCAAUCUUCCACCUAAUCACUUUCAAUGCAUUCCGCAGAAAGCCCGUGGAAAAAUCUGAAAGCGCUGAACUCGAGUUGACUUCUGAAAGUGACGAAGUUAGCAGUGAAAAUGAGAUUGAGAAUGAAGGUGCAAAAUCGAGUUCGGCUUCCGUUCAUGCAGUUAAAAUCGGAAAUCGACGUGUCCAACGCCGCAUGCGUCGAGCUCAAGCAAAAGAAAAUGCGAAAAAGUAAAUAAAAUUGAUGCUAUUAUAAUUGGAAAAUGGUCUAAAUUAACGGUUUUAUUUUGCUUCUUCUGGACAGAAACGAGCUGUCAAGCAUAAUGCAGGGCAAACAUCAGAAAGCUUUGAGUCAUCAUGUAACGCAAGAGAAAACAAGCCAAGAGCACUAUGCAAAACAUCAGGAUAUUCGCCAUGCACUUUACUGAAUCCUCCAAUGAGGUGCUGUGUUUGUUCAAGCAAAAAGUUUCUUGAAGCAUUCGCUUCGACUAAAUGGAUUUCACCCAAGAUACUUAAUGUUGCUUGUACCCAAAAUGAAUAGCAUGUAUCGGUUAACUUUUGAGUGCGUCCGUUGAAACCUCCAUCUGAUUGUUGACGGAAAACCAACCAUCGUAACAGUCGAUCAUAGUGAGGAAUGCACUUUUUUAGCGACUUCCCCCGGAACUCAGGAAUCAUCUUAUUCAACAACUUCCAGGAGGCAAUUGCACAAAAGGUAGCGCCUGCGUGCGCUUCCGCGCCCGGAGUUUGGCCGAAUCCGCCUUCAUACCGCUGACAGGACUUAAUAUAAUCUAGCGACUGCUCCACAUUCUUUAACUUUAGCUCAAGCAAGGUUGCGGUUGAAACUGCCAUAUACAAUUGUCGGAUGUCUUCAUCUGCCCCUGGCAGCAAGUUACUUCUGUACCUGCCGUCUUCACAUAGGCAGAGUUGUAGGAAGCGUUCGAUUCCUUUCAUGUCCUCGGUAUUGCUUCUCGGGUUAUCGCCAAGAAAGAGCAAAUUGCAUGCUGCGAACAGUGUUCCCGCUAACAUUGGCUCGUCCCAUUGCUCAUUUCCCGGUGUCAUAGUACACGGUCCUCCUCGAUAUCCAACAUAAUAAGCAUCCCCCUUAACAUCCUUGUCAAUGCUGUCGCAUCUCUUCGCGACCCUGCACGAACGGACCCAAGCAAUCCAAUCAAUCUUGUCUUGCUCCCGGAUUUCCUCCAACGCUUUUAGAAGAUCCAGUCCAAGUAAACAGAAGUAGCCUAGCACCAUCCGUUCACUAUCCAUUUCCUGGUAUGGUUGCGGAAACAUCAUUAAAUUUCGUUUGAAGUAAGCAAUGUGCUUUUUGACUUGCAAUUCUGGCAUCUUGUGUGUCUUCCUUCGAUACCCUCAAAUCCGUCUGGCGUGUGUAGCAAUUCUACCCCAAGUAAAAGAUUCGUUCAGAACGAAAAGCUGUAUAUGAUUCUUCUGUUAAAUCGUCAAAAAACCAACUAAUAUAUCGUCAAUGUAAUAAACGAAGAACUAUAUUAGCCGGAAUUGCUUUGGUUAAGAGAUUAUAAUUUGCUAUGUUUUCGGUGACUUUCGGAAUAGAUUCGGUGUUUUGCGGCUUGAUUCCGGAGUAUGUCUCGGCGAUGUUGCUUCAACGUUUACCGAAAGAAUACCGAGUUUCGGGAACUUGAAGACAAUCACGGUCAGCUUUCGGUGAAUUCCGGCCACUUUCGGUGACAGCGGUGACUUCGAGCAUUAAGCUACGGGCAUACCCUGUCAUUAGCACCAUCGUGUCUGCGGC